ACAAAACCCCUCAACCUGCACAGCACAGCAGAGGCAGGAUAAGAAAGAAAUGGCGAACCUGAGGACGGCCAUAGAUUCAGGCUUCUGGGAUCAGCCAAUUUCGUCUCCGCAGACCCUAGAAGGAUGCGCCCGCUCCAUUCCGGGAGACCCUUUCCCAGUGGACGCCACUCGUGCAAGCCGUGCUCUGAGGAUUCAGCAGCUCUCCUUCUUGGGAAAUGGCUUUCCUCUUCGUCUCAUUCCUUCUUAUCAUUCAACUUCUCCCCACACCAAGGACCCUCCUUCUUUCUCUCUUCAAUCUGUUUUGUUCAAACUUGCCUCCUCUGACUGUUGGCUUGGACUGGUUGGGCAGUUCCGACCGCAGAAAUUGAUCUCAUCCAUCAAAUCAGAGUUCAGUAACGCAGAGGAAAUUGAAUUAUCUGUUUUCAGAGAUGCCGCAAAACAUAUUCUUGACAAGUCACUCUAUUCAAUUGGCAUAUCCUCACAAUUCUCUCCAACUCCCUCUACCUCCCUGUUGCUGUCCACUGAACGGCAAGGUCACAAGGCCACUCCUCGCUACAAGACCAUGCUCUUUCACCAGCUUCCAUCUCAUGACAUCACUUUAGAGGCUGCUUGGCCUGAGCUUUUUCUUGAUCAUAAAGCUCGAUAUUGGGAUGUUCCUGAGUCUAUAUCCUUGGAUAUGGCUUCCCUUAUCUCUGAUUCUGGCUUUCGCUACCGCUUUGGUCUACACAAAAACAAUGGUCGUCCCAAGGCUGUUAACGCCACCAAUGAUGAGUCGCCUCUUGCCUUGAUGCCUGGAAUAUGUGCCAAGGCUGCUUUUUCUUAUGAGAAGAGCAAGGACUUUUGGAGGAAGAAGCUGACUAAGGACAAUGGUGCCAAAGAAGGCAAAGGUUCCAUUUCAAGCAGUCCAUAUGAUGUGCGUCUUGGUCAACCUCAUGCAGCCAUAUCUGGAAUUAUUGGUGGAUCAUGUGCGGCAUGGUUUGGGAGCAGAGGGAGCGCAUCAUCUGCGGAUGAGGACAGCUCAACUAGUACAAGAAAGAGAAGUCCAUUGGGUGCUGAUUUAUUUGGUUCCGUCUGCUACACUUUGCAACAUGGGAACUUUACAAAAUUAUAUGGCGACCUAAGCAGAGUUGAUGCUCGCCUAGAUAUCUGCUCAGCCUUUGCUCUUACCAAAAAGGCGCUUGACAUUUUUAUGUCUCCAGGGAGCAAUGUUGAUGAUCCGCUGUCGUCUCCCAGGCUGAAUUUGAUUCUUCAACAGCAGGUUGCUGGCCCAAUUGUCUUUCGAGUAGAUUCAAGGUUUUCGCUUAGUACUUCAUCUGAUCAAGCAGGUCCGCAUGUGGAAGAUGUUAUAUACAGUUUAAAUUACUCAUUGAGGCUUUUACGCUCUGGGAAGGUGGUUGCUUGGUAUUCUCCGAAAAGAAAAGAAGGGAUGGUUGAGCUGCGGUUGUUCGAGUUCUGACUCACUUUAUGUCAUAAGCUUAUUUUGUCUUAAACAGACCUAGAUUUUUUGGUCUAGGUGAUUCCUUUGUAGAAUGCAGAGUUAGUCAGUAUUCCUCUUUUA